AUGCAGACCGAGUCCACUGAUCUCACAGCCCUUCGCGACUCAGAACCCAAAUCGCUGACCUGGCACGGUAUUGCCGACGACAUUAUCCCCCAUGAAGGUACAGUCGAAUACCGCAAGCGGGUACAACGCGAGAUGAGAGGUGCAGACAUAGUUGACGAAAUCUAUCGCCUCUUUCUUGCGCCUGGUGUGAGCCAUUGUGCUUUGGGUCGAGGUCCCAUGCCGAUUGAUCCUCUUGCUGCGUUAGUCGACUGGAUCGCGAAAAGGGUGAUGCACCUGAGAUGA